UUGCCAAUCCUUAUUGCCUUUGCUGCAGUGGGCGUUCUAUCCAUUUUUUCCUUUAUUUUCUGCAUGAUAUACCGAUGUGCAACACAGAAAAAAUUGCGACACAAUGACGAUCCGGAUCAGUAUCCUUUUCCACAAUUAUCGCAAAAGCCAGAGAGCGACGCUGCAAAUCCAGGUCGCUCCAUGUCACGCAUUCUUCCGUGGCUGAUGAUAAAAUCACCUAAUAAUGAACGCAUGGAAUCUGAAAGAGACGCUCACAUAAAUGGGGGAAAUAAGACCGAAAUUGUAACGUCAUCUUUGCCUGGCACCUUUGUUCCUAUGCACACCAGUCCGCUGACGUUGGUCCCACGGCAUGAGAUAAUGGGCGAUCCCAGCCGACGACGAGGCGUGGAUGAAGUGGAUAUGUGGGAGCAACGACAACAACAACUACGUCGACCACCCAUGUGGCAAUUUAAUGGCGAUUUUCCCGAUUCGCCGCCGCUAGCCCAACUGCAUGAAACGUCA